AUGUCUUUAAAAUUACCUCAAGCUCCGAACGCUGGCUUGUUCAAGCAAGGUUACCAAUCACACUCUAGUGCCGAUGGUGCCAUCAUCAGAAAUAUCGAGGCUGUUAGAGAAAUCUCCCAAAUUGUUGAGACUUCCAUGGGUCCCAGUGGAAGAAAUAAGAUCAUAGUCAAUAAGUUGGGUAAAACUUUUGUUACAAACGAUGCUGCAACCAUGAUUAACGAGUUGGAAAUCGUUCAUCCUGCUGUCAAGAUCUUGAUCAUGGCUUCCAAACAACAAGAGUUUGAAAUGGGUGAUAACACCAACUUGGUAAUCAUAUUGGCUGGUGAAUUAUUGAACAUUGCCAGUAAACUAUUAUCUUUGGGUUUAAAUGUCAGUGAAAUCAUUCAGGGUUAUAACUUGGCAUGUAAGUUUGUGAUGGAGAAGUUGGACUCUUUGGUCAUAAAUAAAGUCGAAUCUUUAACUGAUCCAAAAGAAUUAAUUAAGGUCAUCAAGUCGGUUGUUUCUUCUAAGCAGUCUGCUUUGGAACCUGUGAUUUCCAAAUUGAUCAUAGAUGCAGUUAAGUUGGUGUUGAAUCCAAAGAAGCCUUCUGCUUUCAAUGUGGACUCCAUCAGAGUCGUAAAGAUCAUGGGUUCAAGUUUGGCCCAUUCGCAGGUGGUAAAAGGAAUGGUCUUCCCAAGACAACCUGAAGGAUCCGUUAAAAACAUCACCAGCACUUCCAAGGUGGUUGUAUUCUCGUGCCCUAUUGAUGUUUCUACCACCGAAACGUCUUCUACUGUAUUAUUGCAUAAUGCCCAAGAAAUGUUGGAUUUUUCUAAAGAUGAAGAAGCACAAUUGGAUCAGAUGUGUAAAGAAAUCAGUGAUUCAGGUGUUAAGGUCAUAAUCGCUGGUGCUUCUGUUGGUGAAUUGGCUUUGCACUACUUCAACAAGUACGGGAUUUUGAUUUUGAAAGUCCCAUCGAAAUUUGAUGUCAGAAGAAUUUGUCAAGUGUGUGGAGCCACUCCUUUACCAAGAUUGGGAGCUCCAACUCCAGAUGAAAUGGGAGAAAUCGAUGUCAUAGAAACCAAAGAGCUUGGUGGUGACAGAGUCACCAUUUUCAGACAAGGGGAAGACUCCACUACCAGAACUUCCACGAUUAUUUUGAGAGGUGCUACCCAAAACAACUUGGACGAUGUUGAAAGAUGCAUCGAUGAUGGAGUUAACUCCAUUAAAGGUUUGUUAAAGAGCAAUGAAUUAUUACCAGGUGCAGGUGGUGUUGAAAUCGAAUUGUCCAAGUUGGUUACCAAAUAUGGAGAGACUACUCCAGGUUUAUUACAAUUGGCCAUUAAACAAUACGCUAAAGCAUUUGAAGUUGUGCCAAGAGUGUUGUCAGAAACUUCUGGUUUGGACUCAACUGAAAUCUUGUCCAAAUUAUAUGCUAUUCACUCUUUGAAUGAUAACUCCGGGUUGAACAUUGGAAUUGAUAUUGAAAAUGACUCUAAGGAUGGUCUAAUUAAUGUUGAUAACGAGCUCAUCUAUGACUUGUUAUCAUCCAAAAGAUCUGCCAUUAACUUGGCCACGGAAGCUGCUAAUACCAUAUUAUCUAUUGAUCAGAUCAUCAUGGCCAAAAGAGCUGGUGGUCCAGUGAUGCCAAAUAAACCAACUCCUCAAAACUGGGAUCAAGAAGACUAA